AGCCCCAGACCAUAGACACCCCAGCUACUGCUGCGUGGAUAUGGACGAUCGGUGAGGCUACAGGGUAAUAUGAGCCUUCGGACUCCGUCCAGCCGAGACGUGGCCAGUCAUACUUAAUAAAAUGUCAACGCUGUUAAAGGAUGAGCUCUAGGCAAAAUAUGGGGCUCCACUUACUCGCUCACCUCCCGAAAGGCCUGUGAGUGUCUGCAAGUCACCCACCCGUCUCUUCGGAGGAAUCCCCCGCCUGCAGGUUCCCACUACUGCCGGGCGAUGACAGCGGCAUCCGCCACCCCGCAGCAAAUGAAAGACCGGCUGCUGCAAGCCAUUGAUGGCCAAAGCAAUAUUCGCAAUAUGAUGGCUGUUUUGGAGGUAAUUUCAUAUUUGGAGAAAUACCCCAUCACCAAAGAGGCACUUGAGGAAACCCGGCUUGGUAAAUUGAUAAAUGACGUCAGGAAGAAGACGAAGGAUGAAGACUUGGCUAAGCGGGCGAAGAAACUGUUGCGAACCUGGCAGAAGCUGAUCGAACCAGAGCCAAACGACCCAGCGCCCAAGGAACACACAGGAACCAACGGAGGGGCCUUCUCCAGCCGAGUAGAUUAUUCCCCUCAAGCAGUCACCUCCGUCUCAGGAAAAGCCGCGCCUGAGCUGAAAAUCCGAAAUGAUUUUCUCAACUGUAGCUACCCAAAGGUGGAGGUGUCGGGGCAUCGCAAGCGUAAGGCGGGUCAAAAGGACGCCCAGCACUUGCCAUCUAAAAUCUCCAAAACGUCGGCCUUUGAACAUCACUCGAUUGCCACAUCGCGUCCCACGAAUGGCAUCGCUGCAAGCCCAGACACUCGCUUAAACUUGUUUGACAACAUACACCAUCAGUCGGAUAAAGACGCCAUAGAAGGCCACGAUCACGACAGACCUAGCAAAGUUCCUGUGAAUGCUGUCAAGCCCCACCCUAGUUCCCCCGCCGUUUCCAAACCUCCUAGCGCGUCGCUGCUGCUGAAGACCGCUGUGCUGCAACAGCAGGCUAAGAAGGAUCUGCCUGCGGCCGGCGGAGUGCAGCAGCCCCCCAAGAGCCCCUGCUCGGCGGCCAUCAAUCCCAAAUCCAACACGCCGGACACUUUGGGGAGAUGGCCGCCCCCCUCUGGCAUGAAGGUCACCGUCACAAGCCCCCCUCCGAGUCCCAAAGUGCCCUCCGAUGGGGUCAGCUCAGGUCCCCCCUUACGGUCACCGAACCCUGCUCUCCUGGGGUCGUAUCCAGCGGAGACCACUCACGACUGGCCGGCAGACGCAGCCUCUGGACACGGCGAAGGGAGGUCGGUGGCCAAACCCGACGCCGUGUCCCCCCUGAUCUCGGUCACGGACGUACCGGACGGAAGCCCCCCUGCGGAGGCGGCGGCGGCGGCGACGGCCAAGCAGGAGGGUGACGGGGCCGCGCACCACAACUCUGAGCGCAAGAGGAAGAAGUACCGGCCCAGGGACUACACCGUCAGCCUGGUGGGGCAGCAGCACUCCGAGGACAGCAAAAAACCUGCCAAGUUAAAAGACCGCAAGCUCACGUUCGACCCGGUCACCGGGCAGAUCAAACCCUUAGCGCUGAAGGAGGCCCAAGCCAGGGAGGACGUGCCCGUGACACCUGUGCCGACCGUGCCGAACGUGCCGGAGUCUCACUGGACAGACGUUCACAAGCAGGACGCGUGCCCUCCUCCGCCGCCUCCGCCGCCGCCGAACCCUCUCCAGCAGACCAACUGGAAGGAACUGUCGCGCAACGAGAUCAUCCAGUCGUACCUGAGUCUGCAGAGCAACGUGCUCACGUCGUCCGGGACGCAGACUCCAGGCGCACACUUCUUCAUGACGGAGUUCCUCAAGCACGAGGAGCAUCACACGAAGGAGCGGAGGGAGACGCACGUCCUCGCGCCCGACCCUCCCGCGUCGCACCUGCCGGGGGUCACGCGCGAGGUCAGGACAGAGGACCUGGACAAACUACACACAGACCGCUGGCCCGGCGUAAACGGCUGUUACGACACCAAGGACAAUUGGCACGACUGGACUGAGUGCAUAUCAUUAGCCCCCCAUGGGGACGACGGUAAAUUACACAUCUUGCCAUAUGUUUGCCUAGACUAAGAAUUGUAGCCUUUAAUUUUAUGUGAAAAGAGAGCUGUUUGGCUCACUUGUUUGAAUGAGUGAGUUGAUGAAAAUGAACUCUGGCAAUCUUGAACUUUUUAUAUAUAUAUACAUAUAUAUAUAUGGUUUGGGUUGACAUGCGUGUUACCUACGACAUUCCAUUCUGCCUCCUGGUUGGUCUCUCUGUUCAAUACCACAGUUUCUGACAGGGAAACAAAACUGCAAAAUGUACACAUUUUGACAUGUGUAUGUUCAAGUGUUUUAUUAAUUUAUCUUUUGUUGUAAAAAAAAAACAUAAAUUAAAAUGGUAAAUGAGGCUAUUUAGUUUCAACUUUGUACUGUGAGUAAAACAGAAGUGAAUAAAUUGUUUAUAUGCUGAAA